ACCCUUUGUUCCACAAUACACUUGAGUGAAAAAGAGGCACCGUGAUUGAGUUAGACGUCUCUCGCACAAAACGUUAAAUGGAGAUCCCAUAUUCGAGAAGACCCACACCUCUAACCCGUUAAACGUAUGUAUAGGAGGUAGCAUUACAGCUAUAUAUAUACUCUUAGUAGUGUUGAACGAACUACAGGAAAGUGAAGGAGGGAUGAUUCAGGCGUGAGCCACUACGCUGGCACUAGGGUCACCUGAGCCCGGGGCCACCAUUCGUCGAGGCUUUUUCGCAAUUCUCACCUGGGUAAUUACUAUUACUCAACAGUCGUUGAGAGAGUAGUCUGGUGACAACAAGAAUGACCGUCCAUCUGGAGUAGUCGGGGAGAGAUCGGCAAGAGUUUGCAUCAUCAUACAGAUCAAGUAAACCUUCCGGAAGAGAUGAUGCUAUCCAGGAUGUGGAGCGGCAAAGGCAAGAUCGGGGCCAUGUUCAACGUGGUUCUAGUUUUCUCCAUAGUCGUCGUGUACCACCAGGUCUACCUCAUGUACCAACAGCGAGGAAGCCGUGCGGACAGGAUGAGGAUUAUAAGGAGCAUGUCCAAGGAUCUAAGAAACAACACCAUCGCUACAGAAGAAAAGCUGAGAGGUCCAGGAAAUGUGGAAAGACCUAACUCAAACAAAGACCUUAGUCGUGUCAAUUUCAACUCAGCAGGGGCAAAAAGCAAAGAAGUGAAGACGAAAGUUUGGCCUCAAAAAGGUUCGGACGAGGCCAAGGCUGCCGCUGCAUCGCUACCUCGGAAAGCUUCCUCCCAGGACAAAGAAAACUGGCAGAAACAUAGUCAGCCCGGUGUGGACGCGAAGGGUAAAGAAACGAAAAGUAAGGAGGCAAAAGUAGUACCGCCUUCCAAACCCAAUCCAGGGGUUCCUGCAAAACCCAACCCAGGGGCUCCUGUCAAACCCAACCCAGGGGCUGCUAAACCCAACCCAGGGGCUGCUAAACCCAACCCAGGGGCUGUCAAACCUAACCCAGGGGCUGUAAAACCCAACCCAGGGGCUGUAAAACCCAACCCAGGGGCUCCAGUCAAACCCAACCCAGGGGCUGCUAAACCCAACCCAGGGGCUGUCAAACCCAACCCAGGGGCUGUCAAACCCAACCCAGGGGCUCCCCUAGCUGCCAAUCCCCACCCAUUGGCGCCGGUUAACCCCCACCCUUACUACUUCGUCAUCCACCAUCCCUACAAGUGCGAAGAAAGAGUCUUCCUUCUCAUCAUCGUGACGUCCUCGCCACAGAACGCGAAGCAGAGACAGAGCAUCCGUCAGACCUGGGGCAACGAGACCAACGUGCCGGGAGUCACCAUCAGAACGCUAUUCGCGAUCGGGAAGACCAACAACUUGGCCACGCAACAAGCUCUACAACAGGAGGACCACACAUAUCACGACAUCAUUCAGGAAAACUUCAUCGACUCUUACCACAACCUGACUCACAAGACGAUCAUGUGUCUGAAAUAUGCCUUCAAGUUUUGCCCCAACGCGAAGUUUCUCUUAAAGACGGACGACGACACGUUCGUGAACGUCUUUAACCUGGUGACGUAUCUUAAGGAGCUGAUGAAGACCAAGACGGAGAGAAUCGUGGUCGGAGAGGUUUGGCGAGAAGGAAAACCUAUCCAGGAGCAAAGAAGAAAAUGGCCAGUUCCUACAUCAGAGUAUCCUCGAGAAUCGUACCCGAAGUACCCGAACGGUUUCGCCUACGUCAUCUCCAAUGACAUCACACGGCGGGUCUACCUGGCUUCAGAAAACAUCAAAAACUUUUUCCUAGAAGACGUGUAUAUCGGGCUGUGCUUAGAAAAGCUGGGAAUUGAUCUGAUCGAUAACGAACAUUUCUACAAUUACUUUGUCGAUAUCGAUCCCUGUCGGCAUCCAAAACUUAUAGCCAGUCACUGGGUGAAAGAGCCGACAAAAAUGGUCAAAUUGUGGAACGCAGCGAGGAGGAGAUGCGGUAGCAGUUAGUUAGAUGUAAUUAGUUGUCUUAAUUAUUUUGUCGCUACAAUGGUAAGGGCAUUAAAACCAGUAAAAUAUAGAUGAUGUGUAAAACAAAGUUUAGACUGUGGGGCCAUCCAAUAAAAAAAAUCCAAUGUUCCACCAUGUCCUUGAUUCGAUUGAGCCAUCACAGUCUUUGUCAAAGAUCAUUAUCAUUGAUGGUUAUGAAGUAUGGAUAACUUUUAGUUCAAUUCUAUCUGUAGAUAAUUUUAUCGGGUUAAUAAGUAAAUGCAUAAUAGUUUUUUUAGGUACCCUAUUUUUCUUCUCAAUGGAUGUUCGACAAUCUAUCUACUGUGCUUGUCAGGGUAAAAUUGGAGAACGCAUCUUUGUCUGUAUGAUCACAUCACAAGUUUACAUUGAACUGAAGAAGACAGUAGACAAGUUGUAGAAACGUCUGUAGAGAGUAAGAAUAGGGCUGUAUAUCUAAGAAGUUUGAUUUCAGUUUAAUUGAUCUUGUUAUGUUUAAUCGUUCAUGUGCGUAUAUGAAGGGGAAGGAAGCAUUGAAUGGCAGUCUAUAUACCUCAUAUGAUAGACAUGUAAGUCUUUGGUAGCUUAUAAUAUGUAGCUAACGACAAAAUUGAAAAUGGAGCAGAAAAAGUGAAACUUUGUAGAAAAGUGAAAAUUUGCCAUCCCUGCAUCCAAUACCUUCUCUAUUUCUUACAAGUGUUCUCCGGGCACUUUGUUUGACCCCUUCAAACGUUUACAGACAGGUAAGCAAAAGAAAAGUUGUAUGUACAGUACUAGAAUCGCACAGUAGUCGACCUACUAGUAUUUCAAACAAAACAAGGGUCCACGACAUUUAAUCUGUGUAAUAUUUAGUAGAAAUAUCUUUUGGAUCACUUUGGAAUUUCGUGGUCAUAUAUGGUGAAAUUUUCAGUUUCAAAUUUAUAUAUAUAUAUAGAAGUAUGUGUGUGUCAAGACGUAAUAAGAAUAUAAUAGUGAAGAAAGUCCCCCCUUAGUCCAUUUAUAGUGUCAAAUUGGCCUCCAUUCCCUAGACGGUGACCACAGUGUGACAUCCCUGCGACCUCGCUUGGAUGUGUGUAACCUUUGAUUUCAUAAUUGAAUACCAUGCAACUUGUUAAAGUAUGACUAAAAGACAAGAUAAUGUACAAAGUACAAAAAUAUUACUUUCUAAUUGUUAAAAAUUCGUUGAUCGCUCUUUCAUGUUAAUUGCACAGGACUAUCGCAUUGAGGUCGCCCCACUAGUGGACUGGAGGUAUCAUCACAGUAAACAGGGUAGACUAUGAAGUUAAUUACUUAGUAUUCGACUUGAAUAUCAACUGUGGAAAGUAACUAUAAGCAGGGUAGAAGAUAAAGAUAUGUCUUCUCUAGUAAAGUAUAAAAGACUUGAAA